AUGAAGGAAGCGAUUGUUAGGAAGGACACAUCAGUCGACAUUGUCGAUUCUCCAAUCCCAAAGCCGGGGCCUGGCCAUGUGUUGAUCAAGGUUGUCAUCGCCGGUACGAACCCGAAGGAUUGGAAGCUCCCCCUCAUGAUGGGCUCGGAUUCGAACACCGGUGACGAUAUCGCCGGUACCGUGGAAGCCGUGGGAGAGGAUGUUGUCGGAUUCCACAAAGGUGACCGCGUAGCCGCAUUCCACGAGAUGAUGACUUCGCAUGGGUCUUUCGCCGAGUACGCCAUUGCACCCUACUACACCACCUUCCACAUUCCGGACUCAACAACCUUUGAAGAGGCUGCGACCAUUCCUCUGGCCGCCUACACAUCCGUCUGUGCGCUCUUCCAGCAGCUCGAGUUACCGGAGCCCUGGUCACCACUUUCCAAGGCCGCAGGCAAGGAGGGCACCAAGCGUCCUCUCAUCAUUUAUGGAGCUAGUACUGCCACAGGAGCUUACGGUAUCAAACUUGCAGCGGCCGCCAAUAUCCAUCCUAUCAUUGCAGUUGGUAGCAAGCGGAGCGAAUUUAUCAAGCCCUUCCUCGAUGAGAGCAAGGGAGACGCUCUCGUCGACUACACAGCUUAUCCUACUGAGGAGGAGCUGAUCAAGGCAAUCCAAGAAGCUGUUAAGAAGGGGGGUGCUCCCGAUGGCCGCUGCUGGAAAGCUUUCGAUAGCGUUUCCGAAGAUCAUACGGUCAGGCUCCUUACCAAGGUCAUCGCUGGCCCACCGGAUGCUACUGGCCGGAAGCCAAAGGUGACUAACAUCUUACUCAAAACCGACGUCGAGGACUCUGAUCCGAGUGUUGAUAUCGUCUUCGCCAUGGUCGGGCAGGUCCACUACGAGGACGAGAAUGACAAGCUCAUUGGCGUGACAUGGGGCGCGGCGUUUGCCCGGGGUUUGCGCGAGGGUUGGCUCACAGGUCAUCCUUACACGAUGGGCAAAAACGGUCUCGAGGGGUUAUCUGAAGGUCUCAAGGGUCUUAAAGACGGAAAGAUUCGCGCGCAGAAGUUCUUGACACGCCUCAGCGAGACACCAGGUGAACUAAACAACAAUAUACGAGAAAUUGAGAGAUACCUGAGCGAUCCACACUUUAGAGUCAACUACGAAAUAAACGGCGGAUCGCCUUUGGCCAAGGCAACGUCAAACUGGGAGGUGCUUGAAAAACUCUUGGAGCUGGGGAGCCCCGACCUGAACUUUCGCACGCCAGAUGGCCAAACGAGCAUCUUUUCUGCAGUCAAGUCAGCUCAAACCGAUUCCCUGGAGCUUCUUCUUCAACAUGGAGCCGCCGUUGAUGUGGUUGAUAACAAAGGGCGUACGGCAAUUUCGAUAGCUGCAGAAUAUGAUCGAGUUGAUCAUAUGAAGCAGCUCAUUCAAGCCGGUGCGGAUAUCAAUGUGGAAGACGAGAAUGGAUGGACUCCAAUAUCAUUUGCAAUUUCGAGAAAUCAAAAUGAUUCGACGAAAUACCUGUUAUCGCAAAAAGACAUUAAUCUCAGCAACCACGACACCGAUGGACGAACAUUAGCGGUUAUUGCUGCGCAGGGUGAAAAUGUUGAAGGUCUAAGGCUUCUGCUCGAUGCAACUAUUACUGUCAGUCCGAGGGAUAGAAUCGAAGAUAGCCCUUUGGUAUGGGCUAUUCUCCAAAUGGAUACCAUCACCGCUCGCCUGAUACUCAGGGCUGAUAGUAGGCUUGUUGAUCACAAGGUGAAGGGCAGGACACCCCUGUCAAUAGCGACCGAGAUCGGCGACAUCGAUAUGAUAAAGCUUCUAGUUGAGUUAGGGGCAAAUGCAAACCCGACUGAGGAAUCUAUUUGGCCUUGUCUGAGAGAAUUUUUAUUCAUAAGCUAUUUUCCUCCGGAGGAAUUUCUUCGAGCGGUUGAUUCCUUUGCACCUGGUGCUCCAUAUGACACAAAAGGUCAAAAGCCGCUGCUUCUUGCUGCCCAAUCUCAUGGUUUAGAAAUAUUGGAUUUUCUUCUCGGGGCAAAUGCAGACAUCAAUACUAGAGACACAGAAGGACGGACAGCACUUACCUGGGCAGUCAGUCGAGAACUGAGAGAUCUGGUCGAUCUCUUGCUCUCAAAACCUGGGAUCGAUAUAAAUUGUCGAGAUAAGAACGGCCAAACUCCGUUUGCACUUGCCGCUCGUAUGGGCAAUGUAUCUAUAUUGGAAAGUCUCCUCAAGCAAGGCCCAGAUGUGAACUCAGAGGACGACAGACAACAAACGCCGCUGUUGUUAGCUGUCACAAAUACGUGCCUAGCAGCAGUCGAAUUCUUGUUGGAAAUCCCGGAGAUAGAUGUGCAUCAUAUGGAUGACCAUGGACGGACGCCUUUCUCUUUUGCAGCAGAAAAGAACUCAUUAUUAAUGAUGCAAGCGCUCCUUGAUAAACAAGCCGAUCCACACAAACCGGAUAACCAGGGCUACACGGGAUUUUGGUGGUUCCUUCAAAAACGAAAUCAAUGCCUUAGCUCACAACAACAGCCAAUCUUUGCAGACUGGAAACCGUCAAGCUUAAAAGAUUUGAUCUAUGCCCUACCGACGCCCAACAAGAAAGACGCUUCUGGUCGUGAUUGGCUGUCUUGGGCUGCUUCAUAUGGCGACGAAGCGAUUGUGAGAUGCUUUUUACGGCGCGGCGAGGAGGUCAACGUCAAUGCCCGAGACAAUAUUGGGGGGUUCUUGAAAACUCCACUCAUAUGGGCACUGGAGGGAGAGCACAACUCUGUAAUAGGUGUGCUCAAGGAUGGUGACAAUAUUUCAUUGCAUUUACUGAUCAAAGGGAUAAGAGUCACAGGUAAAGAGUAUUGUUCGAGGCUUAUGAGAGCACUCUUGCAGGCAGGUUACAAUCUCAAUCAAACCGACAUGAACGGAAUGACUCCUCUACACAUUGCCUGCCAGACAGACCACAACGAAAUCGUUUCUAUUCUCAUCAAUGCCAAGGCCAAUCUCAAUUGCAAGGAUCAUACUGGAAAAACCCCUCUGCAAAUCGCAUUGCAAGCGAAAAGCAAAACUGUCGUAGAUACCCUUCUGAAAGCUUCGGUGAACCUGAACCCAGUCAGGUCAGAAGAGUGGUUCAUUGGGAAAAAACGGGCUGCGUGGGCUCAGAUUAUAAAAAAGAAAGGUAAUGAAGGGUUCGAAUUGAAAUUGGAGAACGAUAUUGGUGUCUUCUCCUGUGCGAGAGAGGUCCGUCUUAGUCUCUGUCGAGAUACAUCUGUUUGGUCGAAGUUGUCCGAGAUUUUAAACAUAAAAGAUCUCCUUGGCCAAGAAAAGUAUUUGAAACAUGCCCAGAGAGGUUUCGGCAAUCGGAUUGUUACAUACAUUGAAAUUGAAUUCCCUGAAGAGUCAGAGAAAUUUCAUUGCCCAUGGGGUAUCGCCUGGAUCAGCACUCAGACAACAGAGGGUCCUGCUCACGAAUUUAUCAGCACUCUUCCCAAUGGAUCAGUACCAGAAGACUCUGCGGAAUUUUUGCGACAGUUCUUAAAGACUUUACAACAGCGAUGGAAAGAGAUGUGCUCCUACGCAAGCAGAGAAGUCGAGUAUCUGCGAAGUGAGCAGGUAAGGGAAAAAGGGAAAAGCCUGAACUUGGUUGAUCGGCUUGCCAAAAAUUCCCAGUCGCGAGCAAGACUUCGGCAAUGCCUGGAGACGCAUACUGAGCAGCUCGUGGAGAUGGUUACGGCCAAUACUUUACUUGAUUUGGGUCAGAAAUCAAGCAUCAGAGAAGAUAUUGACGAGAUUGAGCACACUGUGACCGCGAGACUUGACCAUUUAGAGCAGGCUAUACGCGAACUCUUGCAAAUUGAACUUGCUUGGAUUUCCACGAACGAAUCUGCCAGUUUCAAACGUCUAAGUUGGAUCACCUUUAUCUAUUUGCCUUUGAUGUUUGUGUCCAGCCUUUUUGGGAUGAAUGUGAACUUGCUGAAGGAUUAUCCCGACUGGAGAUGGUACUUGCUUUCUAGUGGACUGUCGCUAGCUCUGACCGGGACACUGUGGAUAGCUUCCAAAUUUCUCUACGCGAGGAACACCUCGAGUUCCUCCAAGGGCUGA